GGCAGACGGAGAAUCUAGUAGCUCGAAGGAACGACGAAAAUCCGAUGACAACCAGCAAGGGUGGAAACGAGAUUUCAGAGUGCUUUUUGGAGAAAUAAAGCCUCGUCGUGCCUCAAAUAGUGUCGUAAACCACACUUUGAUCAAACUUGCCGAAUUCAUGAAAGAAUCACUAGAUUAA